AUGCCUUCCAAGGACUACGCGUACAAGACAGUUGACGCGCUCCAGAUCCUAGUCACCAUUCACUAUCGCGAGGAUGAUGGUCAGCCAGACAAAAGACCAGUUGCAAUCGGUUUUCAUUCUGGUGGGUUCACCGUUGGCUCUAGGUUUCUCUUCAAUCCCAAUGAGAUAGAGGCGCUGUUGGAUCUCGGUUUUGUGGUGGUCGUCGCUGAUCACCGUUUGUGUCCACAUGUGUCCCUGUGGGAGGGGCCUAUUCAAGAUGCAAAGGAAGCGCUCGCUUGGACAAGGAAGUCCCUUCCAAGUAUAUUUGAAGAUGAUACCAGUAUUCAGAUCGAUCCAGAUCGCGUUGUUGUGUUUGGGCAAUCCUCGGGCGGGACCCUUGCUUUGCAUCUAGGAAACCUCCCCAAUCCUCCUCGGGCAAUUGCUGCAUUCUACGCCGCUGCGUAUUUUGACGAUGAGCUCUGGAAUCAACCUAACCCCGGCGCUGAGAUGAUACCAUCUAUCGACAAGUCCUUCGCCGACCGUGUUUAUGACGAGCCUCCUGCCUCCAUGACAAUAAUUGCUCCCGAGCAGUUUGUCAUCCCAGGUACCAUGCCGAUGCCGGAUAUUUCAAAGCCCAGAGACGCCUGGCUGGCAUUGGCAUUCAAGGACGGGAAGCACCUGGCCCGCUGUGUUCAAGACGGUGAUUAUCAACGGGUUGACCCUGCAACAUCUUUCUCGUCGAAGUUUCCCCCAGUCAUCUUUCUGACUGGGACAGAUGACACUUUUAUUGACCCGAAGUUCUCCAAGAGGGCACACAUGCGGCUGUCUGAACUGGGAGUAGAAUCGAAACUGGUCUUGGCGGAAGGGGGACAACAUGGGUAUAAUUUCGGAAUGGAAGGAGACGAAUAUUCCUUCAAGAGUACGGUUCUACCGGCUUUUGACUUCUUGAGGAGCCAUGUGUAG